AUGUCUGACAUGAAUAACCCCACAGCUGGAAUGGACCCUAAUAUGGUGAUGACGCACAUGACCUUCUUCUGGAGCAAAAACGCAAACAUACUCUUCUCUGAUUGGCCUGGUACACACACUAGCAUGUAUGUAUUAGCCUUGGUAUUUGUCUUUGUUCUCUCUAUCUUCGUUGAGUGGCUCCGUCAUUGCCAAGUGAUGAAACCUGGCCCGAAGCAUUUAGGGGUUGGUCUGAUCCAGACAUUUUUGCAUGCCUUAACGACUGCGCUGGCGUUUAUGGUUAUGUUGGCUGUCAUGUCUUUCAAUGUCGGUAUAUUUUUGGUUGCAGUGGCUGGGCAUAGUAUGGGGUUCUUGUUAUUUCGUAGUAGGGUUUUCAAUGACUCAGAUACUAAAAGCUGUCCUCAUAAUGUUUGUCCAUUGAGUUGUUGA